AUGGACCACAUCACUAUGGACCACAUCACUAUGGACCACAUUACUAUGGACCACAUUACUAUGGACCACAUCACUAUGGACCACAUCACUAUGGACCGCAUCACUAUGGACCACAUCACUAUGGGCCGCAUCACUAUGGACCACAUUACUAUGGACCACAUUACUAUGGACCGCAUCACUAUGGACCGCAUCACUAUGGGCCGCAUCACUAUGGACCACUAUGGACCACAUCACUAUGGACCACAAUGGACCACAUUACUAUGGACCACAUCACUAUGGACCGCAUCACUAUGGACCGCAUCACUAUGGGCCGAAUCACUAUGGACCACAUCACUAUGGACCACUAUGGACCACAUUACUAUUGACCACAUCACUAUGGACCACAUCACUAUGGACCACAUCACUAUGGACCACAUCACAAUGGACCACAUCACUAUGGACCGCAUCACUAUGGGCCGAAUCACUAUGGACCACAUCACUAUGGACCACUAUGGACCACAUUACUAUGGACCACAUCACUAUGGACCACAUUACUAUUGA